AGAGAGAGAUUGAGUAAGAGAGAUUGUGUAAAAACAAUAAAAUAAGAGCUAUAUAUAUAUAAUAUAUACAUAUUGAGAAAGAAAGAAAAAAGACAUAAAUUCUUAUCUCCCAUCCUCACUCCACCAUAAAUAUUUAUAUGUAUAUAUUUAUAUUCAUUCUUUCAUUCUCUUGAAAUUUUUAUAUAUAUAUUUUUUCCUCUCUCACAAUUAUUUCCAUUGCAUCUCUCACUUUGCUCUUCCACAAGAAGAGCUAAGAUGGCAGAUUGCAACCGAGGUGAAGAUUAUUUCUCAUCCCAAAACCACCAGGAAGGAUCAGUUCAGGGGAAGAAAUAUGGAGGACUUGUUCCAAAGAAGAAGCCUUUGAUUUCAAAGGAUCAUGAACGUGCAUUCUUUGAUUCUGCAGAUUGGGCAUUAUGCAAGCAAGGUGCAAGUGUGAAUCAAAAGUCUACAGCUGCCGUAGAAACAUUACGGCCAAAACUUAAGAGAACACCUCAUCAACAACUCCCACCAAGAAGGCCUGCUUGUGUCUCUGGUGGGGAAGCCCUGGAAGACUAGAGAUUUUCCGAGGAGGCUCUUAAAUGAAGGUGUUUAUAUAAAUUAUGGUUUUAUUAUUUUCAAAUAGCUCAAUCAUUUUAAUAAAGCAAUUUAGUUUGCACCACAAGAGAUGCUCAGCCAUUUUGAAAGUUGAUGUGUAUUUAUAUGUUUGCUUAAUUUGGUUUAAUUAAGCUCAUCACUUCUCUUGGUGAUCACUUUAAUCCUUUUUGUGCAAUUCUACUUGUAAAAACACAAUGAUCAUUGAUCAACAUCCACAAUAAAUAAAACAAUUGUGUAGAAAAA